AUGAUUCCCUCUGUGUUGCAGGUAGCCCUGCAGUGUGGCAGCAGUGCCUUGCCUCUGGCAUUCUUGCCAGUGUUUGUGUACUCACUGAAGUUGUCUCCACUCAUAGAAAAAAUAAGUGAUCACAAGGAUUUUAAGAAGCUUCUCAGGACACGGAAUAACGUACUAGUGCUCUAUUCCAAAUCUGCCGCUGCUGCUGAAAGCUCACUCAGAUUACUGUCCAGCGUGGCCCAGGAGGUGAAAGGACGAGGUACUAUAAGCUGGAUAGAUUGUGGUGAUACUGAAAGCCGAAAAUUAUGCAAGAAGAUGAAGGUAGAUCCUAAUUCAAAGGAGAAGGGAGUGGAUUUACUCCAUUAUAAGGACGGUGCAUUUCACACUGCAUAUAACAGAGCGGUUACAUUGAAGUCUAUGGUGGCCUUUCUCAAGGAUCCAGAAGGUGCUCCAUUGUGGGAGGAAGAUCCUGAAGCCAAAGAUAUUGUGCAUGUCGACAGUGAAAAGGAAUUGAGAAGGCUUCUUAAGAAGGAAGACAAGCCCCUGCUGAUGAUGUUCUAUGCCCCAUGGUGUGGUGUUUGUAAGAGAAUGAUGCCAUCUUAUCAGCAGGCAGCCACAGAACUCAAGGGUAAAUAUGUUCUUGCGGGGAUGAAUGUUUACUCUGCUGAAUUUGAAAGGAUAAAGGAAGAAUUCAACGUCCGGGGAUAUCCUACAAUCUGCUAUUUUGAGAAAGGAAAGUUCCUGUUCAACUUUGAGAACUUUGGUGCUACCGCAGCAGAUAUCGCAGAGUGGCUGAAAAACCCACAGGCACCUCAGCCACAGGCUCCAGAGACUCCCUGGGCAGAUGAAGAAAAUGUAGUUUAUCACCUGACCGAUGAGGACUUCGACAAGUUUAUAAAAGAUCAUUCAUCUGUGCUAGUGAUGUUCCAUGCACCAUGGUGUGGGCACUGUAAGAAAAUGAAGCCUGAAUAUGAGAAGGCUGCAGAGUUUCUCCAUGUAACCAGUGAUAGUCCGGGUGUCCUUGCAGCAGUCGAUGCCACCGUCAACAAGGCACUGGCAGAAAGAUACCACAUCUCAGGGUUUCCUACUUUGAAGUACUUUAAAGAUGGAGAGGAGAAAUACACUCUGCCACACCUCAGAACGAAGAAGAAGAUCAUUGACUGGCUUCAAAAUCCCGAAGCACCACCUCCACCUGAGCCUGCGUGGGAAGAGAAACAGACCAGUGUUAUCCAUCUUGCUGGAGAAGACUUCAGGGAGUCCUUGAAGAAGAAGAAGCACACCCUUGUCAUGUUCUAUGCACCAUGGUGUCCUCACUGUAAAAAUGCCAUUCCACAUUUCACAACUGCUGCUGAAGUCUUUAAAGAGGAUCGCAAGAUCGCCUACGCUGCAGUGGACUGUGCCAAAGGACAGAAUCAUGACCUGUGUAAGCAGGAGGGGGUCGAUGGCUACCCCACCUUCAACUAUUACAACUACGGGAAAUUUGUGGAAAAAUAUACUGGAGAUCGAGGGGAGUCUGGAUUCACCACUUUCAUGCGAACCCUGAGAGAAAGAGAUCAUGAAAGAGUAGGAAAGAAGAAGGAUGAAUUGUAGUUUCUGCCUCAAAAGAAGCUUUCCGCUGCACUGUGAAUGGUUCCAGGUCUUUUGUUGAUGCACCUGAGACUUCACAUAUUCUCAAGACAGAGACUUUUUUUAUAAACAGCCAUGGCCAUUUUGUACAAUUUUGAAAUAAAGUGAAACCACUUGAUUUUUAAAAGGAAAAUAAAUUAGAAUGUUGCCAUAAUGUUUUAAAGAAAACUUAGCAUUUUCUCUCAUGUUGGGAGACUAUGCCCACUGACACUCCUAUGCAAUAUUUUUGUAGUCUGUAGUGUGUCUGUAGGUGAUGUUGUUUGUUAGGGUGAAAUUUUUGUUCCGGUAUUGCAGUACAUGUAAAAAAAAGGGGGCGGAGGGGAUACGGUUUGGUUUGGGUUUGUUAUGUUUUGUUAUGUUUUAAAUCAGUGCAGGAAAAUGGGAUUUAUAAGGCACAGAUUUAUUCAAAUGAAGUUUUACAUUCUUGUGAAAUAGUUACGUGUUCUUGACUGAGAUUUGGGGGAACAAUUUUAAGGUGCUCAGGGAUAAAUAAGGUAUCUGAGUUAAUGAAGACAUUAACAUUGACCAGUCUAGAUCUGUUAAUUUCAUUUAAACCUCUCUGGUCUUUAAAUCUGAACUGUUUACAUACCUUUAUAAAACAUAUUGAGUGAAUUAAGCCAUGCAUUAAAAAUCAGCAGAGCAUGGGUGAAAUCAGACUAAACCCUCCUUCCUUGGCAUCAAUAUUGUCAAUGUAUCUGUAAGUUAUGGCAGGAAUGACUAUCUUAUAGGGGCACAUGGUUACUCUUAUAGGGUACACAGUUUCCCCUCAAGUUAUGAUUGGGUGAUAUCAAAUAUGUCUUGUAAAGUGUUAUGUUCAACUGUUUUGAGAAAUGCAUAAUACUAAAUGCAUAAUACUUCUGGUAAUGCAGUAAUUGUGUGUAUUACCUGUUCACAUUCCAAAAGUUUAUCUGCAUUUGUAGGAGGGAUUUUUCCUUUUUGCUCCCUAAAGAGUUGCACAAUCUCUCUCUGACAGUCAUCACUGUAAAACCUGUAUCAGCAGCAGUUGAAAUGUGUUACACUUUUGAUGCUUCAACAAAAAAAAAGUUGAUCUGGAGGUACUUCUGUCUUCACAGGAGGGGAGAGGGAGGGGCAGGAAGUUGUGAUUCACUUUGAACUAAAAAUAAAUUUUAAAAAGGACAAGUAUUUUUAUCAUUAAUGAGCCUUGUUCAGCUUCUUCCCCACUGAGUGAAUGACCACAGCUGGUGGUGGCUUAGGAAGAGCAGGCACACGUGGGGUGAGUUCCCACUGCCCGUGGCUGGGACCUCCCAGCCUUGGGAGUGCUGGGCAGCACUGCAGGUGUGUGGUGCUGUGAGGGUCAAACUCCCUCUGCCCUGGCAUUCCAGGGGGCACAGAACAGCUUCUCACAGC